GACUACAUCAACACUAAUUACACCUGCAUCUCUGGACAAAAUAAAGUGAUCUGUGAGGGCACCAUCAACACCAUUGAUUGUGGAAACAAUACUAUCACCAUCAUCAGUGCUAUGUAUGGACGCACUAAUCCCUCAAUCUGUAUAAAUGGACUGGAUAGCAAUUUGAACCAAAACAACCAAUGCUUCUUUAACGCGAAUGACAGCGUUGCCAAACUAUGUAAUAACCAGAUGUCGUGCAGUCUGUAUGCAUCAAGCACUGAUUUUACGGAUCUUUGCAAUGGCACUAAAAAGUACCUGUCUGUGUCCUAUAAGUGUAUUAAGAAUUCUAGUAAGUAA